GGUGAACGGCCAGCGGGCUUGCGGGUGUACGGUUUCAGGACCUUGUCGUCGGCCGUCGACGUGUGGGCGGGCAUCCAGGAGGCGAUCGUGCUCUACGGCAUGCCCCGCCCCGCCUCGCCUGCCAGCAUGGCGCUGGCGGCGGGCAGCGUGGGCGGCCUGCCUGCUGGCAGUCUCGCUCUGGCCGACCCUGCGCCCCCGCCCGCGGCGGGCCCUGCCGCCGCUGGCGCUCCCGCCGCGGGUGCCGCUGCUCGCGCGGUGGUCCCUGCGGGGGGUGCGGGAGUGGCGCCCGUGGCGCCAGCUGGCGCUGUCGCGAUGCCUGGCUUGGUGGCGGCCCUGGCGGGGGCUGGUGCUGCGCCCGCCGUUGCCGCCGCUGGGCCCGCGCUGGUGGCGCCUGCAGCGGCGGAGCCUGCCGUGGCCGCCCUUGUGGCUCCGCCUGCUGCGCUGCCGGCCGCCCCCGUGCCCGCGGCGGCCGCUGGAGGGGCGCUCGGGGUGCCCGCAGCGGCCGAGCUCGCCGCUGGUGGCAACCCCGCCGACCUGCGCGUCAACGCCGUGACUUCUGCCUGGGUGUGUGCCCACAUCCAGCGCCACGCGGCCUCACCGUCCGCGUGGCAUACCAAGUGGAUGACGGAGUGGAAGAUGGCGGAGGACGACCCCGUCACGCGGGAGCACGCGCUCUUCUGCCGUAUCCUGGAGCUGGCUGUGUGUUACGACCAGGUGAACGUUGGCGAGCUGGCCCAUCUGGAGAUGACGGCCCGUCGGCUGCAGCUCCUGGAGGAAAAGGUGGUGGAGAUGUCCUUCAAGCUGAAGGGCAAUGACAAGAAGGACAAGGACAAGAGCCACGUGCUGGACGACAGGGUUGAGAACAACCUGUUCUUGGGGGCGCAGGAGAGCCGCGGCAACGUGCGUGCGUGCCCUCUCCUCAGCACGUGGAUCGCGGAUGCGUCGAAAGCCGAGGCUGCGGUGGCUAAAGAGCGCAGGUGCUGGGCCAACGAGUGCAUCGACAGCCUGAAUGCCCUCAACGGCCAUCGCAGUGGGAGGCAAGAGGUUGCAGCCCCCGACGGCGCAGCUAACCUGCCGCGGAGGCUGGUGCUCGACCGCGUCGCCGAACCAUUUCAAUAUUUUUCGUUGCCGUCCGACAUGCCUGUCAACAACGCCACCUCGGAUGCUGCCCUUGAAGAGCUGCUCCGGCACAAACCUGGCCAUUGUGAAGAUGAUGCCACGGCUCGACCCUAUGCCAAGGACUCUGUGUCCUGGCCCGCUGCGGGAACGACUCCUACACCGUUGGUCAAUGUCUGCAGCGCGGCCUCUCUGUCCCGGCUAGGGCCAUGGGGGGCGAGCAUGCUGGUCUCCGAGCCCGUGGCCGAGUCCAAGCGCCGUGAGUCUGGACUGGCGAAGCUGUACGUCGACCCCCUCCUCUUGAGUUGCCCCGACCGCUACGCUGACUUCCUUCGUCGGUUGGAUGCCGCAGGGAUGCUCAGGUUCCGUCCUCGUCAAGGCCGAGAGCAGCCCUCUGUGGGGGUGUUCUUCGUGGCCAAGAGGGGCGGGAGUUUGCGGAUGGUUUUCGAUGCGCGCAUUGCAAAUCUCUCUUUCGUGGAGCCAGCAGGGACCGAGCUGCCGACGAGUUCGUCGUGGGCGGGCGUAGAGAUCAGCCCCGAGAUCAAUGGCCACAAGGCGUCGGCGGACAUACAGUGCGCCUUCUCCCGCAUGCAGCUGCCCUCUGACCUUGCCCAUGCUUUCACUCUACCGUGCGCGUCUAAUCGGGUGCUUCGCUUGGAGGGCGUGGGGCUUGAGAUCGACGUGGUGCCUGAGAUUUUGGUAAUGCCGAUGGGGUGGGACUGGGCUUUGCACUUCUGCCAGGGCGCAUUGUGCAACAUCAUCACGAAGGACACGGCGGUAGAGGAGAGCCGCUUCAUCGUCGAUGGCACCUCCCCCACUGUGCUGCAGCUGCCCGACGACUGGGCGGUCGCGGCCUAUGUCGACAAUUUCUGUGUGGUCGUGGGCCCCCAAGAGCUUGCCGAUCGCAAAGUGCGGCUCAUCUCGGACGCGGUCUCUCGUCGUGGCCUUCCCGCUCAUGAGGUUCAGGAAGCGCGGGCCUCUAUGAUCUUCACGGGCCUCGAGUUCGACGGA